UUUCUGUUCAAUCAUAUAACCUCAAUCACUUUACAUACAUACCAAACCAGUUGAAAAUGCCGGCACAAACUGAGAAAGAAAUCAUCCUCGUCACUGGCGGAACAAACGGCAUCGGUCUUGACACUGUAAUCCACUUCGCUUCCGCUUCCCCAAAAUACCACGUCAUAAUCGGCGCACGCAACCUCUCCAAAGGCGAAGCCGUUCUCAAAAACAUCCAAUCCAAACCCAUUCAAGGAACCGUAUCCCUCAUCCACCUAGACGCCAACGACGACACCUCUAUCGAAUCCGCGAGCAAAAAAAUCGAGCAAGACUUCCCCCAGCUCGACGUCCUGAUCAACAAUGCAGGCGUCUGCCCCGAACGCGACGAGCAAUGGCCACCCAACCGCGAGUACCUCCGCACAAUCUUCGAAACAAACGUCUUCGGCCCCACGCUCAUCACUACAUCGCUCCUUCCAAUCCUCAAGAAAUCUCCUAACCCCCGCAUUAUAAACGUCAGCUCGUCAAUGGGCAGCAUCGCCAUGAAAUCAGACCACAGCCACCAGUACGCCGGUGUGCGGUACCCCGGGUACCGCAUGAGUAAAGCAGCGCUGAAUAUGCUGACGGCGUACCAGUACUACCAACUCAAGGCCGACGGCUUCAAGGUUUGGAGUUUUUGUCCCGGGUACGUGGUUUCGGAUAUAGCCGAUGAUAGGGAGCAGAGGGUAGGUAAUGGGGUUGAGAGUUCGGAGACGAGUGCGGUGGCAAUGUUGGAGAUUGCCGAGGGGAAGAGGGAUGCAGAUGUAGGGAAGUUUAUUGGGAAAUAUGGGGAGAAGUUUGACUGGUAAGGAGGGCAUGGAAGUGUUGUUGUUGGCAUUGAGGGUGAGAUUUGGAAGUAGUGGGCGUGGCUGUUCACAUUCAGUGGGAGUAUCUAUUUCUGCUGAGUGAGUACUGAAGUGGCCCGGGGCUGCUUGCAAUCCAGCAUAGCGAUGCAUCAGAGUUGUUGAACUCAAUAUAUGUUGGGUAGCUUUGAAGAACAAUAGUCUUUAUGGACACAAAAUGGGCUGGCAUGACUACGUAUAUAAUAGGGUGGAGU